AGGUGCUCCAUUGGUUGUUGAGGACGAUAGUCGCAGGCGAUAUUGUCCCAAUUUAGCGAUUAUUUUGGCUCUUAUGACUCUAUAUAUGAAAUAUUUAUAGAGAAAAAAACAAGUAUGAAGUCAUUUAGAGACAUUUGGAUAAAUUCGUGAUUUUAUGGAAGAAAUCAAUUGAUUUGAUUUUCCUAGCUAAAAAGCCAAAAAACUGGACCAAUUUCAAUUUGCAGAACAGUCGUUGUUACAGUGCAACUAGAAUGGGCAAUCAGAAUGGUAGAGGGACUCCAGGGUCUGAUCGGAGAAGUUGUAGAACAAACUCAAGUUUUUCUGGUAGUUUUACAAGUUCCCAGACGUACAUGAGUUCCAAUGACUUCACAAUGACUCCGAUGUCUUCAGUAGGGGGUUCCCUUGGCAACUCGAGAUCUGGUUCCAGAGAUGGUAUCCAGACAUUAGACCAGUCUUAUCACGACUCUAGUUCAGGUGUUGUUUCUGAUGCACCCCCCUCCUACCCCCCUCUGACAUCAUUCCAAGACCAGGAACCUCCAGAGGAAUAUACACCAGAUUACGCUAAAAUCUCAGCCGGGAAAUCUCAGAAGCAUCGUCGUGAGCGAGAUCGAGCAGAAAGAGAGGCUCAUGCUCAGCAUGAUUAUGUUGAAUAUACAGACCAAGGACAUGAAUAUUAUAUAUAUGAUAACAGUCAUCAUGAACGAGCCCCGCAGCAAUAUAGACUUGACCCUCGUGUAGGGCAGGCAUCAAAUAGCAAGAAUCAUGGCUACCAUGAGCCUCCUGCCUACGCAACCCCCUACGCCACACAAGUGGUUUACCCUGACAUUCAUUCAGCCCAAUAUGGUGAUAUUUACGAUGCAGACCUGGAGGACACUGAGAGAAUGAUCAGGUCAGGUGUAAAGAAAAAACGCAGUAGGCAUUCACAAUUUGAUCGCUUACCUGAUGAUGUUAUAGUCAAAAUAUUUGCCAAUUUGUCUUCAGAUGAACUAAGCAGAUGCUCUUUAGUCAAUAGACGCUGGUAUAACCUGGCAUGGGAGCCAUCUUUAUGGAAAACAAUAAAGCUAUCAAAUGUUGAGCUACCAAUAGAUAAAGCUCUAAGAUCGCUCACUAAAAGACUGAGCUAUGAUACACCAACAGUGUGUGUCAUGGUAGAAAAGAUUGUGCUCAAUGGCUGUGAUAAAUUAACAGAUAAGGGACUACACUAUAUCGCCAAACGUUGUGUUGAACUGAGGCAUCUGGAGCUCCAGGGCUGCACCACAAUUAGCAAUAGGGCAAUAUUUGAAGUGGUGUCCAGGUGUGUCAACCUGGAAUAUCUCAAUCUCCAAGGGUGCAGUAGUAUCACAUGUAUCAGCCUUACUCCUGAAGCUGCAAUGCAAACAACACAAAAUGGCCGCCAGAUCUUCCUACGCCAUCUUGAUAUGACAGACUGUUAUGACCUUGAAGAUGCUGGAUUGCAAAUCAUAGCAUCACAUUGCACUAAAAUACAGCAUUUAUAUUUACGACGUUGUGUUCGCAUCACAGAUUUAGGAAUUCAAUAUGUCGCUAGUUAUUGUUCAAAUCUCCGUGAAUUCAGUGUGAGUGAUUGCAGGAAAAUUACUGACUUUGGAAUGAGGGAACUCUCAAAGUUGGAGAAUAACCUCAGGUAUCUCAGUGUGGCUAAAUGUGAUAAAGUCUCAGACGUUGGCAUAAAAUAUAUCGCAAAACAUUGCAAAAAGCUGCGUUAUUUGAAUGUACGUGGUUGCGAAGCUGUAUCGGAUGAUAGCCUUGAUUUACUUGCUCAGAAUUGUACAAGAUUAAAAUCUCUCGAUGUCGGCAAAUGUGACAUUACAGAUGAAGGACUACAUAUACUAGCAAACUUCUGCAGUCAUUUGAGGAAACUCAGUUUGAAAUCAUGCGAUGCCAUAACAAACGAUGGAAUCUUAGCCAUUGCUAAAACCUGCAAAGGUUUACAGCAGUUGAACAUACAGGACUGUCAUGUUACUGUAGAUGCUUAUAAAGCAGUGAAAAAACAUUGUAAAAAAUGUAUCAUAGAGCACACAAAUCCUGGCUUUUAUUGACAACAAACCUCAAUGUAGAUCUGGGACCCAUUUCAGAAACGCUGCAUUGAAUUUAUUAUUUAUUUACUAUAAUUGUCUAUCAUAAUUCAAAGGGUCGGCACUAGAUACCCAUAAAUGGUAUAUCAGUGCAUAUAUCAAUAGUAUUCAUUGAAAAAUUUUCCGUAAGGAUCCAGCUUAACAUAUUUGGAGAAAGUGUUUCUUUCUUUUCACACUUAAAAUAAUUUUUGACUGUCUUUAAAGUUGUUACAUUUUCAGUUAAUCCUUCAAAAUGUAACCAAAUUUAAAAAACAAAUAUUCAGCUCGUCAGUAUAAAAAUCUGCUGAAUAUUAUCCAACAGGCCAGCACUUGUGGCCACAUCCUGAUAGGAAAAAUUUUGCAAUGGGUCCCAGGGCAUAGGUAGGCAUAAAACAGCAGUCAAGGACAAUCUCAACUUUUAGUUAGUUGCAUAUUUAUUUAUACAGUUGUAUAAAGCAUAUAUUUAUACUAAUAUUUUGCUAAUGCUUAUACUAUUUACCUACUAAUGUCCAUUUGUUAAAUCAUAAAUAUGCAGAUCUACAAAUAUAAUAUUAUUAUGCAUAGGAGUAGGUCAGCAGAUUUGCAGUGAUUAGAUGGUUUUUUGGAUAUGGCAAUUUGGGUUUUAAUAUGAUUGCCAAAUUCCAUUCUAACAUUCCAAAGUGUAUUGAGAUAUUAAACCAGUAC